AGUUAUAUUUAUAAAGUAAAAGAACGAAGUACAUAACAUGUAAGUUGAUGCCAAAUAUUUGAUCAACAGAGCUAAACAUAAAACCACGACAAUAUAACGUUGUUCACCAAAAAUUGUGUUUCGUUGAGGGUCAGUAGUGUAGGUUUCAAGAUACGAUUUAUUUUGUUAAAGAAUAUUCUGAUAUUCUAACAAUAAAAUUGGCUCAAUUUGAUAUGUUUCUUUUUUUUUUUGUUUUUGUUUUCCCUUUCAUUUUAUGCUUUGUUGUGCUAUUGCUAAGUUUAUCCUAGAGACCAGGGAUGCUUAGCAAGUUUCUUCACCUGCCCUUCUUCCCAUGUACUAACUAGGGAUACCAUGUCAGAAUCUUAGAUAAGAAUCCCAACCCAAUCAAACUAUGACAUCUGUAAGUAUUCAAAAUUGGAAUUUGCAUUGUGAUAGUUGAGUGGAAGAAUCGAUUAAGGCUUGAGUGGAAGACAAACUUCAGUGGAGGAAAGUAAUUAAUCUCACAAGACAUAGCCCAUCAGUUGGCUCAUUUUUCUUGAGUGUGUAGUCCUGGCCUUGAGGCGAGGCCACAUUGCUUUGGAGAUUUCUUUCUACUUGGUGAAAUUAUAAUUUAGAAGAAGCAAACUGCGUUUUGCAAUUUGUGCGAUUCAAGCAUAUCUGACACUAGUAAUUAGACCAUAAUCUUUGUCCGACCAGAAAAUAAGAAAAGUUGUCUUGUACCAUUUCUGCCAGUGUGGGUCCCACCCACCCCAUACGAGUAAUUUGAAGAAGUCCACCGACAAUUUCCCAAAAGCUUUGGCGUCCAACUUUGCCGACCCCAUCCCCAUGUGAGGCCAUAGAAAAGUUUUCAGCCACAAUCAAAGAAGGGAACAGUCCUUGAAAAGAGAGGGUUUUCCAAGGCCAAGAUUACAAGUUCAUGUUAUUUACAGUCUCAAAAAGCUUCCAUACUUGUUUACAAACCUGUAUUUUCAAGUUGUGCUAGCCUAGCUAUUUGCAAAUCUUGGAAUAUUUUACUUCAUCCAAAUCCCUUGCAGUCUGCAGAGAAGAUAAAAGACAUGGCUUUGAUUGGAGAGGCUCUUAUCUCUGCUUCCGUCCAGGUGUUGUGCGACAGAAUUACUUCACCCGAGUUCGUUGACUUAUUUUGGCACAAGAAACUCGAUGAGCCACUCCUCAGGAAGCUGAGGACGACACUGUUGGCCUUGAACUUGGUGCUCAAUGAUGCAGAGGGGAAGCAACUUGUGAACCGAGAUGUGAAAAAGUGGCUUGACGAGCUCAGACAUGCUGUCUUUGAUGCGGAGGACUUACUGGAUGAGAUUGACACUGAAGCUUUGCGAUGCAAGCUGGAAGAAGGUGAAGAUCAAACUCACAAAUUUACCAAUAAGGUGCGGAACUUGCUCUUUUCUCCUCGUAGUCAUUUUUAUCAGAGCAUGAAUGAUAAGAUAAAAGAGUUACUAGCAAGGUUAGAAAACUUUGUACAACUGAAAAGUGCUCUUGGUCUGGGAGAAGUUGCUGGGAGGAAGGUUUCGCAAAGAACUCAAACAACCUCCUUGGUUCUUGAACCUUAUGUAUAUGGUAGAGAUGAAGUCAAAGAAAAGUUAUCAAAAGUGUUGCUAUCUGAUGAAGCAGGCAAGGAUCCUGUGUCUUUCCUCACCAUUGUUGGAAUGGGUGGGGUUGGCAAGACAACCCUUGCUCGAAUGCUUUACAAUGACGAUAAGGUGAAAGGGCAUUUUAAACUUAAAGCUUGGGCUUGUGUUUCAGACUACGAUGAUUAUAUUAAAAUUACUAAAACUCUCCUUGAGGCAGUCACUUCAAAGCCUUGUAACACGGCAAAUCUGAAUUUGCUUCAAAAAGAUCUAAGAGAGCAAUUGAGGGGAAGGAAAUUUUUAUUUGUGUUGACCUAUGGAAUGAGAAUAAUGAGGAUUUGAACUACCUUAGAGCUCUUUUUAUUACUUUAGGAACAAUGGGAAGUAAAGUCAUUGUAACAACACGGAACAAAAAUGCAGCAUCUGUCAUGCAAAAUGUUCAUAUUCAAUACUUAGAACCAUUGUCGUAGGAGGACUGCUGGUUAUUACUUGCAAAACAUGCAUUUGGAAAUGAAAAGUGUAGUGCACAUUCAAACUUGGAAGACAUUGGAAAGCAAAUUGCACUCAAGUGCAAAGGGUUGCCUUUAGCUGCACAAACACUUGGGAGUUUGUUACGUUGCAAUAUGGAUUUCGAGUACUGGAAUAGAAUACUAAAUGAUAGUUUUUGGGACCAACCCUAUGAUAAAACUAACAUUCUUCCGGCUCUAGGGUUGAGUUACCAUUAUCUUCCUACUCAGUUGAAACGAUGCUUUGCUUAUUGUUCAAUUUUUCCAAAGGAUUAUGAGUUUGAAAAGGAAGAUAUAGUUCAAUUAUGGAUUGCAGAAGGUAUAAUUCCACAAGCUGAGAAUGGAAAAAGGAUGGAAGCAUUGGCUAGAAUAUACUUUGAUGAGCUGUUAUCACGAUCGUUGUUUCAAAAGUCAAGUAAAUUCAGCUUCAUUAUGCAUGAUCUCAUUAAUGACUUGGCUAUGUUCAUGUCUCAGGGGUUUUGCCUUAGGCUCGAAGAUGGGGUAUCCCGUGAAGUUAAAAGAGCUCGUCAUUUGUCAUAUGCUAGGGGAGAAUUUGAUGCUGCUCCAAGAUUUGAACCAUUAUAUGAGGCUAAAUGUUUGCGGACCUUCCUACCUACCAUUUGUUGUGGGCAAAUCUACUGGAUCAGGCAUAAGAGAACUGAGGCAGUUCCCGCAACUUCGAGGAAAACUAUCAAUUUUGAAGCUACAAAAUGUAGUUGAUGCGAGGGAUGCACUGCACGCCAAUAUGAAGCACAAGAAAGAUCUCAAGGAGUUAGAGCUUUCAUGGGGUGCGGAGGAUGCUGAUGAUUCCCAAAAGGAGAAAGAUGUACUCGACAAGCUCCAGCCUUGCGUGAAUUUGGAGAAAUUAACCAUCAAAUUCUAUGGUGGAACUAAUUUUCCGAAUUGGUUAGGAGACUCGUCUUUUUCUAACAUACAAGUCAUGCAUCUCAGUGACUGUAGUUAUUGUUGGUCGCUCCCACCAGUUGGACCGCUACCGGCACUCAAACAGCUCUGUAUAAGAAGAAUGAAGUUUGUGAAGACGAUUGGCGUUGAAUUCUAUGGCAGAAAUGGAGCUUAUCUGACUCAGCCAUUUCGAUCUCUGGAGAAGCUAGAGUUUAGGGAGAUGCCAGAGUGGGAGGAAUGGGUACCAAGUGGAAGUGCAAGUGGAGGUGAAUAUGGUCCAGACUUUCCUCGUCUCCAGGAGCUGAUUCUAUACGAGUGUCCGAAGCUAAGAGGAAGUUUGCCUUGUGAGUUGCCUUGCUUGAAGAAGCUUACGGUGUAUGGGUGUAAGGUUUUACAUGAUGGAAGGGCCAUUACCGCAACUACCAAUAGUCUUAACUAUAAAUCUCUGGAAGAAUUGAAUAUAAGUGGUGGAUGCCAAACUCUGUUAUCAUUAUUAGAGACAAAGCUCCUGUCCGGACUUGAGAUUCGAAAUGUUGUUGACAUACAGUGCUUGCCCAACUGCAGUCGUCUUCAACAUUUGACUCUUUCGAAUUGUCCAACGCUGUCAUCAUUUCCCAAAGAUGGCCUACCCACUACAUUGACAUCACUUUAUAUAAACAAUUGUAGGAAAUUAGAAUUCCUACCUCAUGAGAUGUUGGCCAAAUUAACAUCGCUUGACUAUUUGUGCAUACAAAAUAGCUGUGAUUCAAUGAGGUCCUUCCCGUUGGGCAUUUUUCCCAAAUUGACGAGGCUUGAAAUUCGUGGUUGUGAGAAUCUGGAAUCCCUUUCCUUGAUUGAAGAAGAAGGAGCUGUUGAGAAUCUCAGCCAUCUCAAUUACUUGCAAGUCUAUAACUGUCCAAAAAUGGUGUGUUUUCACGAGGGAGAAUUGCCCACUCCCAACCUGAGUCACUUUGUAGUCGGUGGUUGCGAGAAUUUGAAGUCAUUGCCCAAAAGCCUUCACACCCUCACUGCCCUUCGAUCUUUGUCGAUAUGUAAUCUUCCGAAUCUGGAGUCAUUUGCAGAAGAUGGGGGUUUGCCUCCCAACCUCCGACAAGUAAGUAUUAGGAAUUGUGAGAGACUGAGGGCUUCAUCAGUGGGUUUGCAAGCACUUGACUCCCUUGAGAUCAGUGGAAGUGACCAUGUAUUCUCUAUCACACUCUUCACAUCUAUUCUCUAUCAACUCUGAAAUCUUUGGACGGAAAGGGUCUUGGACACCUCACUUCUCUUCAAGAGCUAGAUAUUAACAGGUGUCCAAGUCUGGAAUUCCUGCCAGGAGAGGAACUUCAACACCUCACUUCUCUUCAAAAUCUAUACAUUUGGAACUGUCCCAGUCUUCAAUGCUUGCCAGAAGAGGGUUUUCCAUCAUCUCUUUCUCAUCUGAGUAUCCGCCGGUGUCCUACCCUGGAGGAAAGGUAUAAGAAUAAAACGGGACGAGAUUGGGCCAAGAUAUCUCACAUUCCUUGCAUCGAGAUAGGCAACGAAGUGAUCAUAUAAUAUGAGCUAUUCCAUAUUUCACGCUCAACCCUCAACUCUCAAAUCAAAGUCAGGUGAGGUACUGCAGGUUUGUUAUUAAUGUUGUGGCCUGAUAUUCGUCGUAUCAAUAGGUUGUCUUACGUUGAGGAGAGAGAUCGAUCAGCAAUUACAAAAUUAAGCCUACUUUUGUCAGAGUCAGUAGAUGCCAGAAUGAAGUCAUUGCCUAAACACAUUGGCACCCUCACAGCCUUCGACAUUUUGGGAUAUAUGAUCUUCAAAAUCUUGUGUCAUUUGCCUCCCAACCUGCAAUAUUUUCAUAUUUUAAAUUGUGACAGACUGAGCCCUUUGGUGGGAGAUUACUGGGGUUUGCAAGGACUUGGUGGCAAUAUCUUGUAGACGUUUCUCAAGGAACAGCUGCUCAAUACCACUCUUCACACUCUAUAUAUUAUGGCCUGUCAGUCUAUAAUUCCUGCCAGGAGAGGAACUUGAACGCCUCUCUUCGCUGCAAAGGCUACAUAUUUGUGGGUGUGACAAUAUCCAAUUCCUGCCAGAAGAGUGUUUGCUGCCAUCUCUUUCUUAUCUGUGCAUCAACCAUUGUUUUGCCAUGUAGAAAAGGUAUCUCACAUUCCUUGCGUCAAGAUAGGCGAAGAAGUGAUCAUAAGAUAUGAGCUCUCUCUCCCUCUCGCUCACAUACAAUUCUUUUCGCAGGACAACAUAUCUUCUCUUGGAGAGCUAUUCAUUUGCAAGGUUUCUUUAUGGGUCAUUUCCAGAGGAGGGUUUACUAUUUAAUAGAAAGGUUCACCUGGAAUAUCUCAACUGACACAUUCCCAAAUACAGGCAUUGAAUGCACAACAUUUUGAGGUUUUACUUAUCUUGAACUGCAGAAGCCUACUUUUUGACAUAGGUGGCAUGGCACAAACUCGCAUCCGCAUUUCCUUCCCCAUUGGCAUGCUGUCUCAUCUUUUGUAUUCUGUUACCAGCUUGAAGCUUGUGUAGACAUGUUAUGCUCUUGUAAUUCUGAUCACAAACAUCACUUGACAAAUGGAAAGUCACAAUCAGAUCUUUCAGGAACAGACCAAACAUGUUCAUACGUGGCAUUGCUCAAGUCAUCAUCAUUCGGGACAGAGAAUAAGCCUUCAAAUGUCUGCUGAGUCAAUGAACCUUUCUAGAUAUCUCAAGUGUAGUGGAAAUUGAUGAGUUACAAAGGAUUUUUAAACAUUUUCUACUGGAGGCUAGAAAUGCUUCAAAUAAAUGACUGUGUUGCAAUUAUUUUGUAGGAUCAAAGACUCUGCAAAGAGUUUGUUGAUCUUGGGCAAGUGGAGAGAGAGGCGUCAAGUGAUACACAACAACCAUUUUCUGUGAGCUGAUUUGAUAAAGAGAAAUGGUAUGCUUUCUUGUCUUAAGCGGUGUGUUCUGCAAUUAUUUGAAACAAAGGAUGCCGCACUUCAAGUUCGAGAAAAUCAGGUAUUUUAGUAUUUUAUUCUGGAGAAAUUUGAUUUAUGUAGAAACUUGAACAUGUAAAUGAGAGAAAAAAAAAUUUAUAUAUAUAUAUAUUAUAUUGUAUAUGCUCUUAAUGAGUUAAUAUGGUGCUUGCUCCUGGUUGGAAAUUUAUGUAGUCAUCUACCUAUGAUCAAAUAAAGAUGAAAAAUAAAAUAAAAUUGAGAGCAUCUUCCUCUCCCCUGCUUUGCUCAUCCCUUGUUCUUCCACUUCAGCCCCACUAUUACACCAUUUUUUCAGCCACAAUUAUAAUAGCUCCAUGAGCAUUAAGUCCUUUUCAAAUUCUGCUGACAUUCAAAAUUGGAAUUGCUGGUGAUAUAUGAUAGCAUCCUUGUCCGACCAAAAAGAAAAAAAAAAAAAGUUGAUAGCAUAUUGUACCAUUUUGGCCAGUGUACGCAAUAUUAUUGCAUCCAACUUUGCAUAUUAACAUCAGUGGCCACAGUUCCAUGAUUUGAGUGCACAGAAAGGUUUCAAAAGUUGUCCCACAAAGAACAGUCGUUCAAAGUGAAAGAGAGUUUUCAAAGCUUAGUUACAAGUUCAUGUUAUUUACAAUAUCAAAAAGCUUUCAUACUUGCUUACAAACCUGUAUUUCCAAGUUCUGCAAACCUUGGAAUAUCACUUCAUCCAAAUCCCCUUCCAAAGCAGGAAAAAUGGCAGCAGCUUUGAUUGGAGAGGCUCUCAUCUCUGCUUCUAUCGAGUUGUUGUGUGACAGAGUUACUUCAGCCGAGUUCAUAGACUUAUUUCAGCAGAAGAAACUUGAUGAAACACUCCUCAUGAACCUGAAGACGACACUGUUGAUUUUGUUUGCGGUGCUCAAUGAUUCAGAGGAGAAGCAAAUUGUGAACCCUGCUGUGAGAGAGUGGCUUAACAGCUCAAGCAUGCUGUCUUUGAUGCAGAGGACUUACUUGAUGAGAUUGACACUGAAGCUUUGCGAUGCAAGCUGGAAGGAACAGACCAAAUAUGUUCACACGUGGCAUCGCUCAAGUCAUCAUCAUUUCAGACUGAAAAUCAGCCUUCAAGUGUCUGUUGAGUCAAUAAAACUUUCUAGAUAUAUCAAGUGCAAUGGAAAUUCAUGAGUUACAUAGAGAUUUGUAAACAUUUUGAAGAUUGCAACACCUGCAAGUGAGAUAGGCGGUGACGAAAUCAGAGAUGAAGCCUCUGAUGCCCCUGUUGUUGCAAGUUGCACCUGAGAACAUGUUUUUUUUUCUUCUUUGGGGUAAAAAACUGGCAACAUGUUCGGAGCUGACAAUUCAAUCCCUGAUGAACUAGAGAAGCAAAGCUCCGGUAAGGAAAUUGGUCAAGGUUGUGACAGGGAUGAUUGAUGGUGAAAUGGAUGCUAUUUCUUAUUGCAGCCUGUUCUUAAAGUUCUUGUUGGCAAAUGCAAGAGAUGGAGUAUUUUGAUUGGGAGGAGAGAUAAUGACAUGGCUUGACAAUUCUAGAACAGCCCAUCAUUAAUCCCAGAAAAAAUCCAGUUUCUGCUAAACAAUCACUUAUGGCAAGGCCAACUCUGUAAAUGGAAUUUGUGAUCCCUUCAAAUUGUACACAUUUUUUCUUUUUGAGGAAUUUAAUCAAACAGUAUUCUAAUGCAUUAUGAUGGCACUACACGCUUUUGUUGUAACAAAUUACAAGGAGGAAUUUGGAUUGAGUUUCUUGUAUAAGCACACCUUACACAAAUUUCGUAU